AUGGAAUGUUAUUUGUCCCACAAUAUUGUAUGACGCUGAAAUAUAUAUGACCUGUUGCAUUAUUUAUUGAACGACCCUCGUAUCUACAUUCAAACCUCAGGAGGUAAAAUGUGACUCAGGUGUAUGGUAAUAAUUUCUUCAUUGAAAUAUCCACGCCAUUUGAGAAGAACGGACUUCCACUGGUGAUUGUGACUUUUCCUUAAGGUACACUUGAUAAGUUGGGGAACUGGCCUUUUGCAUCUCUGAUGGCCACCAUCAUUGUUUUUGUGGGAGUUGGUGUGUUUUGUGGAACCCUGUACCGAGCAUUACAGAUCAUCAUUAUCAAUGUCAUGGAGGGGUUGUUUCAGUUUACAGUGACAUGGUUGUCUGUGGUACAGAUUGUGUUUAUUGUGAUUGCUGUAGUGAUGGCACUGUUCUCCAUUGUCCUGUUGGUUUUUGGUUUCCUAGCAACAGGAGCAACCAGACAAAAUGUGUACUCUGGGAAGAGAUGCAUUAUGGGAGGACAAGUGUCUGCUGGAUUUUUUAUGAUGAUGUCAUUCCUGUUGAGUUUAGUCUGGAUCGUGAUAGUUGGAUUGGCUACCAUUCCUGUGUUUCUGUACAUCAUGCUGGGUUCCAUCUGUAACCAGGAAGUGUACAACAACAACUACCAAACUGUCAAUUACUGCUUUGAACUCAAGCAUUAUGGUAUCUACAGGAAUUCCACAUAUCCAUUUCUGGGUGUUGCUCCCCCAGGGAGGGAUGCAAUCUGUAACCCCGUAGAGUUGAGGGUCUUAUGUGAUAGGUUUGCUGAAGCAGGUCCUCUGUUUUGCACAGCCUUAGCUGGGGCAGCAUGUAUCAUCGUUGGUAUGAUUUUAUUCAUGUCUAUCCUAUCAGCCAACUACACCAGAAUCAAAAUCUCCAAGGAGCUGACAGAUUAUCGCAAUGCUGUAGAUAUGGAGGAGAUAGACCUACAUAGCAAUGGAAAGGGGAUUCUGGAUCAGACCUAUGACAAGAGCAGCUACCGGUGAUCUGAUUCAUGGAAAUGUUUAAAGAUGAGGCAUAUAUCCUCUUCAACAUGAGAAAAUCCACACUGUUGAAAUCUUUGUCCAUAUUCUUUGUCCAUUCCAACAGAUUCCGAACAUUUUAUGAAAGACUGGAUGUACUCUUGUAUUAGCAAUUGUCAUACUUUUUAAAAAUUGUAGAUAAAAAUAUUAGUACUUUUUUGUAUAUGUACCAUCACUAUGGUAACGAUCAUUUAAUACAUAUGAGCAUAUAAACAUACAUGUGACUCCAUUGUGUUAUUUAUGAAUCGGUCUUUUUAUCUGCAAACUUAUCUUUUGUAUAUUGUAUGGUUGUGAAAUGGUGUGUUUUUUUCAUAUAUUAUAUGUACUUUUUGUUGAGUAUAAAAAUGUGAUAAGCAGUACCUAAGGGUUAUGUGCAGUAAACUUUUAAAAAAUAUUUUACAAAUAUUAUCAUUUAUCUGUGAAAAUAUAUUUUUAUGCAUUAGCAUUCCCAAUAUUUUUCUUUUUGAUGCAGCCUAAAUUUUCCACUUGUGAAACAAGUUUUUUUUUUUUUGAAACAUGCCAGAUUCUGAUGAACCAGAAGUAAAACACGCCUUACAAGGGAAACAACUCCCUUAGCACAUUCCAUUGUUUAUGUAUUGCUACUUGUAGAUACCUUCAGUUUUUAUUGUAUUUUGUAUGUAUCAUAUCAUAUUGAAUUCAUUUUUAUAUAUUUUUUGCCAUAUAUUUUGACAUCAACUGUUUAUCUUUAGUCUAACCUGACCAUAUCUUUUAUAUACAUGUACUUCUUGAGUUUUUAGUGCAUGUGUAAUAGUAUUUUUUAAUUACUAUGUUCAAUAAAAAAUAAUAUAAAUAUAUACAU